AUGGUGCAUCGUUCACUUGGCAUAAGUACAAUGAAAACUGCAGAGGAAAAUGAUAAGGGGUUAGCCUUCUCGGCAAGGUCAACUGGACAAUGCACGAUUGGUAACCAGAGGAGACAUGGUGCAUGCACCAUGCUGGACCUUCCACAUGUGAUCAAUUCCAUCGCGUCUGAUCAUAGCGACGUUGCUCAGUUUGUUGCAGGUGAUAUGAUGGAUUUCAACCUCAAAGCAGAUGCCGUCCUGCUUAAGUCUGUGCUACAUGAUUGGAGUGAUGAGGACUGCAUAAAGAUACUAAAAUGUUGCAAGGAAGCAAUUAUUCCUUCUAAAGAUGCAGGAGGAAAGAUCAUCAUUAUAGAUGUUGUAGUUGGAUCUUCUUCUGAAGCAAUAUGCCAAGGAACCCAACAUUUGGUUGAUCUGAAUAUUUCGGUUCUAACACCAGGGAAGGAAAGGGACGAGGAAGAGUGGUUCAAGAUGUUCACUAAGUACAAGAUUAGCCCAGUGUUAGGUUUUCGAUCCAUUAUCAAAGUAUUUCCAUAG